AUGAGCUACUUAGCAGGACGUACAUUCUUUAUCAAGAGUCAAUUCAAUGGACGCGUGCUCGAUGUUGAAGGCGCUUCUACUGAGGAUGACGCCCCCGUGAUUGUUUAUACCCAAAAAUAUGAUGAUAACUUGAACCAACUCUGGCGUUAUGAAAAUGGUUACUUUGUCAACGUCAACUCUGCCAAGGUUUUGGAUAUCCGUGGUGGCCAAAUGGACCCUGAAUCUGAAAUUAUUCAAUACUCUCAAAAAGUAUACGAAGAAGCUGUGAACCAAAGAUGGAACAUUGAUGGGGAGGGCUAUAUCUAUAUUGAAGCUCGUCCUGACUUAGUCUUGGACAUUCAAGGAGCCGAGGAUGAAGAUGGUGUUCCCGUCAUCUUGUACAAUAGACGUGAGGGUGAGGUCUCUUCAAACCAACGUUGGGUGUUGGAACCAGUUGAUUAA